AUGGUCGCUACUCAAAUGGCCCAGUUUGGGUGGAGUAUUUUGGGUUUAACGGGAUUUAAUUGCACUACUACCGUUGUUCCCGCUGCAGUGUUGUUGAUAAGGUUACAAAUAUACGGACCAAAAGCAUUAAAGGAUUUCGAUGACCCAAAAGCAAAUUCCGAAAUUGUAGUCUCCAAAUUAUCAGAGACACGGUCACUUAUCGCAUCAUACGGCGCCAAACAUAUCCUAAUUAACAUGUUCUUCGAUAUCUCAUAUUCACGUACUCUCUCUAAGAAAGCUCAGCUCGCUCUUAAAGCAAUUAGCAUUGUACGCAAUACCGCUCUUGUUACUACCAUCGAUAAUUGGAACAAGCAAGUUAAAGUGUUACUGUUCCCGUUGGGUGAAGCGCUUACUGACCUACAAAAACCAGAGAAGGCUGCGCAAUUUGGAAUAACUGAUGUCACCAAUUCCUGCAUUACUAGACUUCUAGGCAAUACUAGUACUGUCAAUAUAGUAUGCGAAGAUCCAACCAAGUUCUUUUUUUGGGAUCCAUACCAUCCGAGUCUUUCAACGAAAGUGUAUGAGCAAGUGGCGUUUUUGAUAUACGAUUUCAUAGCGUCUCAUCUUCAGUAA